AUGGGUUAUAUGGAUAUUGCUAAUAAGUGCAUGGAUGAUGGGUAUAGUGAGGUUUGUAACAUAGGAUAUUUUAAACCUAGGGAGUCAUGGGACUUUCAAACACUUGUUUGUAAUGAUACUGAAGUUAGAAAGAUGUGGGAGGAAGGAAAUGAAUUUGGUUUUCUUAAAAUUUUUAUUGAGUUCACAGAUGACAAAGGGGAGAGUUCAAAUACUAUUACAAAUUACCUAGAGAGAAAUAAUAAUGAAUUUUAUGGCCUACACUAUGGUUCUAGUAGUAGGAAAGUUAUCAAUCAUGGGAGUGGAGUAAUUGUUGAGCCUAAUUGCCAAAUGCAAAUAGAAAUGCCACUAAACAAUGCUCUUAUGUUCAAUGAAAGCAGUAAUGACACAGAUGAUGAGGACUUUCAAUCAAUAAUUAAUAGUGAAGAAGAAAACUCAAUUGAUGAGAGUUUAGUUAAUGAAUAUGAGACAAAGGAUGAGGAAUUUCUAAUAGCUUUGAAAAAUAGGAAGCAAUUCAAGGAAACACUAGUCAGUGAUGGAAUAAAUGCUGAGUCAAUUGAUGAUGUGUUAGGCAGUUCACAUCCUAAUAGUACUAAAAACGUGAAUCCUGCUUAUGAUAAGUGUGUUGAAACUGAAAAUUUCAAUGAGUAUGAAGAAUUUGAUGAUAAGGGGUUUAAAACUCCUUAUACAAGCGAUGAGAAUGAUUUAGGUGACUCCAGCAAGAAGAAAAGGAAGGGGCAAAUUGUGUACAAUCCAAGCUGUGAUCACACUUCACUUGAGUUUGUUAUAAGAAUGCUUUUUGAGAAUUGA